GUCCCCAUCCCCACUACUUAGUAUUCAGCUUUUAGCGCUCACUCCUCACUUCGCAUCUCACUCUGCUGCAACUUCCUCGCCGGAAAAUUCCCAGAUCCCACCGGGAAAUAGCCACUUCUUGCCGGAGAAAUUCUCUGGCAAAUAGUAUUCCUAUCAUUCCGUACUAAUCGGCGGAAAAUUCAUCUCAAUACUCACCAGAGAAACAUUUGAAGGUCUUCCCUCCCUGUACCCGAAGCUCAUAAAUUUAUUUGCCGGAGUAACUUUCCGGCAACACAAUGCGGCAGUUUCCGGCGGCUCUCCUCUUCUUUCUGUGCCUGAUCUCUGCAACUUCCGGCCACAACAUCACCAAAAUCCUUGCACAGUUCCAUGAGUUCUCCAAAUUCAAUGACUAUCUCUCCAGAACCCAUCUCGCCUCUGAAAUUAACAGAAGAACCACCAUUACAGUUCUCGCCGUCGACAAUGCAGCCAUGGAUGAUAUCUUGGCCAAGAACUACGGCAUUUAUGAGAUCAAAAAUAUUCUCAGUCUACACAUUUUGCUCGACUAUUUCGGCGCCAAAAAGCUUCACCAAAUAACGAACGGAACGGCGUUAGCUGCGACGCUAUAUCAGACAACCGGAUCGGCACCCGGAACGUCGGGGUUCGUGAACAUAACGGACGAGAAGGGUGGAAAAGUCAGUAUUGGAGCUGAUGAUAACGGUGGCGUUCUCGAUGCCUCGUACGUUAAAUCGGUGAAAGAAUUGCCGUAUAACAUCUCCGUGUUGCAGGUCAGUAAGAUUCUGAAUUCGCCAUCGGCCGAGGCGCCGGCCCCGGCCCCUACAGAGCAAAAUUUAACGGCGGUAAUGACGAAGAAGGGAUGCAAGCUUUUCGCCGACCAGUUAACGGCAACGGGCGCCGAAAAAACGUUCGUGGAUGCCGUUUCAGGUGGGCUAACGGCGUUUUGCCCAACUGACGAUAUCUGGACGAAAUUCGUCCCGAAAUACAAGAAUUUAUCGGCGGAUCACAAAGUUUCGCUGCUUUUGUUUCACGGUGUUCCCAUUUACCAAUCGAUGCAGGGGUUGAAGUCAAAUAACGGGCCCAUGAACACAUUGGCAACGGAUGGGGCGGCUAGUUACUCCGUUACGGUGCAAAAUGACGGGGAGCAGGUAACAUUGAAGACUAAGGCCGUAACGGCCAAGAUAACGGGGACCAUUAUAGACGAGGACCCUCUUGCCGUUUUCAGUAUAGACAAGGUCUUGCAGCCCAAGGAGCUCUUUGCAGGGGCGCCGGCGCCGGCCCCGGCACCGGAGGAGGCCGACUCGCCAUCGCCGUCUUCAGCCAAGGUCGCCGCAGGCCCUGCCUCGGACUCGCCUGAUGAUGCCCCUGCCGAUGAUUCUGCUAAUGAUAACGGAUCCGUUACAAUUCGUGGCGGGUUAUUAGGUUUUGUUAUAACAGUUCUUUUGGUUGUCGUGGUUUAGUGGACAGGCGUGGAUUUUCUCUCUCUUCAUUGGGUUUGUGGUUUUAUGUGGUGGACAUGUGUGACGUUUCUCUCUCUAACAAUUUGUUGUUGGGGGGAUUUUUCGCACAUGUGCUGGGGAGAUUUCUUAGUUGCCACGUGUGAGUUUUUUUUUUAUAAAUGUUGUGUAUGAGUGGUUUGUUCAUGGGAUACAAGGGAGGAUUUUCUCACACGUGUAGGAGAGUGUGCGGGUGUAUUAUUUUCGGGAAUAAUUUGUAUCCCCUUCUUAUUUGUUUUUU